AAGGAACCUGAAAGUGACCUGAGCUGUCACACCACCAAAUGAAACCUGAAAGUCUUGGAAAAGUGAGGGGAAGCAGAGGAAUGCAACUGCCUUGACUGGCCGUCCGAUGAUCUCAUCGUGGCAGAGCUUCACGCCUUCAAUGCCUUGCUACAAAUAGACGCGACCCCCGGUCUGUUUUCACACGAUUCAUUUCAUCGAGCUACUCAUUCACUCAACCACAUCACACCAAACUACCAGAACCAAUCUAGUCCUUCCCUCACUCUCACUUCCACAAAGCAACAUGUCGGGCAGAAACCCAGGUACAUCUUCGCUCCAUCCCCCCAUCUUCCAGGAAACCCGCUCUGACACUGUCUACAGGAAACGACCAAGGGUUCAACGACGGCUACGACGACAAGAGCGCCGGCAGGAACGUCAUGCAAACCGGCAGAGACGAGACGGUCCAAGACGCGUACGCCCGCGGCGCCUCUGGCAACCCAAGGCUCGGAGGUAACCAGCAACGAGACGAUGCUUUCAACGAUGGUGCCCAAGGUGGCCGUGGCGGCGGAGGCUUCCAGCAAGGUGGCCAAGGCUACGAUGAUCAAUCUCAGGGUGGCCUAGGUGGCCGUGGCGGCGGAGGCAUGCAGCAGGGUGGCCAAGGAGGGUUCGGCGAUGGUGUCCAGGGUGGCCGUGGUGGCGGAGGCUUCCAGCAGGGUGGCCAAGGCUACGACGACCAAUCUCAGGGCGGCCGUGGCGGUGGAGGCUUCCAACAGGGUGGUCAAGGAGGAUUCGACGAUCAAUCCCAGGGUGGCCGCGGCGGAGGCUUCCAGCAAGGCGGCCAAGGAGGGUUCGAUGAUCAAUCUCAAGGUGGCUUGGGCGGCCGCGGCGGAGGCAUGCAGCAGGGUGGCCAAGGCUACGACGACCAGUCCCAGGGUGGCCUAGGUGGCCGCGGCGGAGGCAUGCAGCAGGGUGGCCAAGGAGGAUUCGACGACCAAUCUCAGGGCGGCUUGGGCGGACGCGGCGGAGGCAUGCAGCAGGGUGGCCAAGGAGGAUUCGACGACCAAUCUCAGGGCGGCUUGGGCGGCCGCGGCGGAGGCAUGCAGCAGGGUGGCCAAGGCUACGACGACCAAUCCCAAGGCGGCCUCGGUGGUCGCGGCGGUGGCGUCCAGCAGAACCGCGCAGACUUCGACGACCGUGCCCAAGGCGGCGCCGGCGGUGCGGGCUUCCAGCAACAGGACCAGAGGUUCGACGACAACUCCCGCGACGACAGGUUCCGCUCGGACGAGGACAAGUCGAAGUCGGGCAAGAUGGGGGAUGCGAUGAAGAAAAUGGUGGGCAAGGGCGAUAAGGAUAAAGACCGGGAUGGUUACGAUGACCGGGAUGAGUAUGACAACAGGGAUGAUUAUGACCGGAAGGGGGAUAACACGAGCACUCCCGGCGAUAGGAGCAUGGGGGACAAGAUGAAGAAUGUCUUCAAGGGGCGUAAGCCUGACACUUGAGGGGUCGAUUUCGGAUUGUACUGUUAGCUCCGGCAA